AACAUAAAUGAGGGAGGGCAAGCUGGAUAUCAUCUUUGGCACUUCCAGGAGUCAGCCAGGCAAAGCUUUGAGCAAGGCAGAGGUCUGAGCCCAGUGUGGAGUAAAAAAAAAAACAAUAAAUGGGAUGGGAUAGAAUGGAAUUAAAUGAAGGAAAGAUUCUCUUCAGCUGCUUAAUUUCUAUUAAUGAGCUCUCCUACUUCUAUAUCUGUUCUCCUCAUGAAGGGGGCAUGAAAUUGGACUGGAAUAAUGGGAAAUGUUGUUCGUGGAGCUGUGGCCUUCAUUCCAUCAGACCGGUGUCAGCAGUAUUUGGUGGGGGACUUGAAGGAGAUGCCCCAUGACUGUACUGUGGAUCUGAGCAGUCGUCAGCUGCGGCGCUUCCCCAUUAGAGCUUGUGCCUUUAGAGAACUUGUUAAACUUUACCUUAGUGAUAACCACCUGAGCAGUCUGCCACCUGAGCUCCACAACCUACAAAAACUACAACUUCUAGCGCUGGACUUCAACUGCUUUGAGGAGCUGCCAUCAGUUGUUUGCAGCCUUCGGCAGCUCAAUAUCCUCUACCUCGGGAAUAACAGACUGUACAAACUGCCAAAAGAGCUGGCCAAGCUUUCCGAACUAAAGACACUGUGGUUGGAGACCAACUGCUUUAUAACAUUUCCAAGUGUUGUGUGUAAACUUCCCAACCUGAAAACCCUACAUCUGGGAUACAAUCAGUUUCGUAGUUUGCCUGGUGAGUUGGUCAGGUUGGAUGAGCUGCGGAGUAUUUGGCUGGCAGGAAACUUGCUGAAUGAAUUUCCGCCAGUGCUUCUAGAAAUGCAUUAUUUGGAAGUGAUUGAUGUAGAUAGAAACCGCAUUCGGCAAUUUCCAGCACUCACUCAACUAAGAGGACUGAAGCUGGUCAUUUAUGACCACAACCCUUGCGUUAAUGCACCCUUAGUAGGGGAGGGUGUGAGACGGGUUGGACGCUGGGCUGACUGCUCUGAAGAGGAAGAUGAUGAAGCUGAAGGAAAAGUCACUGAGGCGUCCCUAGAGGUGAGAUGUCAGCUUCCAGAGACAGAGUGAUAUGAACACUACAAAUUGUGGAAUAUAUACUUAUUUAUACUAUCCCACAGUAUAAUUUACAUGUAGCAAGACACUGAACAGUAACACUUAAGUGUUGGUAUUUUAAAAUGUUGUUAAAUUUUGUCUGGAAGCAUAAAAAAGCACAAUGACACCAAGAGACAACUGCAGAUUUAACUGUAUUAAAUAAAGUAAAAAUACUAAA